CAGGACUCCUGCUCGACAACAUCAUUCGACCUGUGGUCACACUCGGCAGACGAACCGACCUUCACAUAUCCUACGCUCGAAUGUAGCGUUUCUUUCGCAGUACAUUAAUCCUUCACAAAGAUGCCAAUACUAGUACCAGUAAACGACCAACAAAGGCAGGCUGAAAAUGGAUGUGAACUUGACAACACACAGAAGAACAGCAGACAAAAAAGCUCCCUUGAAAUGAUCUAUUCUGACAACAGAAUUAUAAUCAACUUCUGUGUUCCAACGACUCAAGAUGGCGUCACCAGGCACACCCUGCUGUCUGCCUUGGAGCUAAAUAACAACAGAUUGCUGGACAAGGACAACUCCCUUAACCUCACUGGGAAAAACACUCCAACCAGCGGUUCCCGGUUCGAUGAACAUACAGUAACCAGGAGGUCCACAGAGGCAGGAGAAGAAGACCUCAGCCAAGGUCUUCCAGCGACAGAGAGCUCUGUUCAAGCCUGGCCAUUGCGCUAUAUUCAACAGCAAGCUGAGAGAACGUAUCAGAGUAUAAGGCAAUGGGUGGUAAGACUGUUCCUGUACCUAGCAGGACCCGUCCCGACGAGACAGAGGUGGAAUAGCACGGCAGACAGCAUUAUGGGGCUGUUGGCUGUAGUGGUGGGCCUGGGCAACAUGUGGGGAUUCCCAUACUACUAUUACAAACAUCAAGGCGCGUACUUCCUCUUCGCCUACGGCAUCGUCCUGCUGUUCAUCGGAUUCCCUUUGUAUGUCGUCAACUUAUCCAUAGGACAGUACCUGAGUCUCGGUCCCACAAACGCUUACGCUUCAAUGGCGCCUUUAUUCUCUGGACUCGGCUGGGCAAUGGUGAUAUCAUCCGCUCUCGCAAGCACCUACUACGCAGUCGUUUUGGGCUGGACCAUCACCUAUAUCCAACGCUCUCUCAUGGGAGACUAUCCUUUCGCCCCAGAGUCCACAACUACAGGACGAAAUGAUACCUACCAAAGGGCAACGGAUUUUUUCAGAAAUGUAGUCCACUUGAACGAGGACGGCUUCGUGAAUGUGAUCCAGCAUCAGUCAGUUCUGAGUCUCGGUCUAGUCUGGCUGUUUGUUACGAUUUUCCUGGUCCGUGGCAUCAGGAGUUCCAGUAAGGUCGUAUACUUCACCAACACGUUCCCGUACGGCGUAAUGAUACUACUUUUGGUCUAUAGUUACUACUGGGAAUCCACGAAAGGAAGCACCAAUUUACAUUUCUUCACACCACAGAAGAAUGCCACCGAACUGUUAUCACCGGAAAUAUGGGCUGAUGCUGUGUCACAAGUUUUGUUUACCCUGGGUCACUUUUUCGGAGGCGCCAUAACCCUGUCUUCUUACAAUGACCUGCGACAAAAUACGCUCCGGACUGCGCUCUCCAUCAUCUUGUGGGACACUGCAACGUCCUUACUCUAUGGGUACUUGGUCUUCGUUUCACUGAACAAGCUGACUUCUGGUCCUGACUUGGAUGUGGACAUUGGAACUGUGUUUAACGCUAAUCAAACAGUCAGCAGAAUGGGCAUGGAAGUCGUCUUCAUAGCGUACCCCGCUUUCUUGGCUGAUUUAAACUCUAGUUGGUUUGUGCUCUUCUUCCUGAUGAUCCUGACACUGGGCAUCGAUUCUCUGAUGGGAUUCGCGGAAAUUGUCACAACGGCCCUGUUUGACAACUUCACCUGUCUACGGAGUCGCUACUUCCCAAGCGUGUGCACAGUCGUUCUCGUGAUGUUUCUCCUUGGUCUCCCCAUGUGUACAGGCAACGGGUUCUACAUCGUGGAGUGUAUGCACUCUUACACGUGCCAUCUGAGCCUUCCUCUCCUUGGGAUCACACAUAUUGCCCUCGUCUGCUAUGUAUUUGGAUUUGAUGAUCUGAUGGCAAUCUUAAGGCAGGAGUUGAGAGUCACAGUUCCUAAAUUUAUUGAAUGGUACCUGAAGUUGUCGCUGAAGUACAUCUGUCCUGUGGCCUUUCUUUGCCUCAUCAUAAGUACAACGUUAAACACCGAAGGCCUGUGGGACAGCAGACUCACCCCUAUAAAGUGGAUCCUUUCCAUCUUCCCAUUUCUCCUGGUGCCAGCCUUCGCCAUUUACAAGGUCAUCCGUUUUAGAGAUAGGGACUGGCGUUUGCUUCUGAGACCAACUAAAGAUUUCCUUCCAGCGUACCUGAGGGAGCAUUCCAAUAGGCCAGACAUGUUUAUACUAGCAGACUACUGAAACCACCUUGCUGAUCGCCGGGAACAAGUCCACAAGGAUCUGAUGGGCAAGCAGGGACGUUCUACUGUAAAUAUAGCAUCAAUUAGGCCUAGAAGUACAAUUCUCAUCUCGUUAUCACUACACUCAGACCAGAUAUUCUCAGCAUAUUUCGGUCCAAGACCCAAUAGUCACUUCCGGCUCAACUUGUCAUAGAUAUCUCAGUGGUAACAAGAACUGGUUGAUGAUCUCAACCAGCAGACGUCAAAUCACCAAAAGGCUCAAAGUGAAACGGCUGGACCAAGAUCCAAGGAGCCAACUCUAAGCACUUUGGCUUAGACAAUAUUUCAUAGAAACUUCGAGCACCUUAUUCAACAUAAAAAAUGCUAUUGGCCAAAGUUGUUUUCACCUUGAAUAAAUGAGUCAUAUCGUAAAGUUGUUUACAAAAACAGAUACAUCUGCAAGAUGACACGACAAAACCUAGGGAAGUCUUGUGACUCCUCUGGUAAUUUGCAGUAUCCCACCUUUGAUAACCACUUGUAGUCUAUACCUGAAGGUAUAGUCGGCAGGUUUACCUGAACAAGUAAACCUGAAUAGGUAUGAUAUCACCUACCUGUUCAGAUGUACAUUUGAAUCGUUCCUGUUCAGGUAAACCUUUACAGGUAUACCUGUUUAUGUGUAACUUCCGUAAGACACAAGUACAAAGUAAAGCACAAUUAGAUUAGCCAUAGAUUUUUUUAUUUUGAUUCGAAGUAUCAGAAAUACAAAGAUAAUUGUAUUCAUAUAGGAAAUAAGUAUUUUGACAAAAAUAAACGCACAUUUGGCUAAGCAUAUGCUGUAAAAAAAAAAUCUAUGUUUUAUAUGCUUAAUCGUAUAAAUGUAAAUGGGAUCUCUCGUUUGAUAUCUUAAAAAAUCUGAUGUUUAAAAAGACACGUUUUCAUAAAUGUUUAUAUGACUGAACAAGAAUGUGUUUUUAGAAAAGAUAUUAUAAGUGUUUCUAUAGUUACAAGUUGUCAUAUUAUGAAAAUGCUUGAACAAGAGAACAUGAAGGGUAAUGUGCCAUUUUCAAAUCAAUGUAAAUAAAAUGUU